AAUCAUUUUAAGCUAGCGGUGUUUUCCAAGGUAAAGCGCGACUUUUAAUCAGCAGCUGGAAGUUUGCGCCUUUUUUCUCCCUCAGUGGCAGUGCUCACUUACUGUUAGUUGUGCUAGCUAGCUACUCUGUCCGGGUGGUUGUACGAGAGCACUACGUUUGGGCGAGGAACACAUUUUAUUUGAAAUAGAGUUGUUGGAAACACAGUUUUUCUUUUCUUUUUAGGUUAGUUAAAUUGCUGUAAUUCUAGUUGUUGCCGUGUAUGUAUGUCACGGUUCAUGGUGCAGCUCAACAGUAUUGUGUUGCCCUCAAAGUUAAAUGUAGCUUGAAUGUUGAAAUGUCAUUUCUUUGGAAAGUUGGUGUAGACAUUGAUAAGUUUGUUCAUUGCAUUCGUAAUCGUUAAGAUGAACCACAUUGCUAAUUCUCCCUCGCUUUUCUGAAUACUGGGUGUGGCGUAGUCUUGUACAACCUAUCAUAUGCCAGCAUUGUUUUUCGAAAGUAUCCAGGUAACGGUUGACUGUGCCUUUUUUCUGUUCAGAGGAAGGGCUCGCUCACUUAGUUUAGGUAGUGCUGCUCUGUACGAAUUGUUGUAUUGAUCGUCCUGCUUUGGCGAGGAAAACUUUUAAUUUGAAAGCUAUUUUUUUGCUACUCUUUUUUUGGUUGAAGUUUCCUACAUAUCGGUUAUCUUAUCAGGUGCAUAGCAACAGUUUUUUUUAUUGUCCUCACAGUUAAGUUAAAUGUAGCUUGAAAUGUUGAAUUGCAAUUUCUGUGGAAAGUCAGUGAAGACAUUCAGAGGUUAUGUUCUUCAUUGCAAACUUCAUCGGAAUGAACCACAUUGUUUAUUCAAGUGUUGUGGUGCCGACUGUGGAAGGACAUUUUUCAGAUAUGGAGCAUUUAAGGCUCAUUUUUACCGCAGGCAUAACGUACCCGCUGCCCAUGUUUCUGUUGGGGCCGUUGUUAAUACGUACAGAUGCCCAGCUGCUUUGUGUGAACACCAUUGUCAAGAGAUCAAGGAUCUGUUAACACACUUGAAGGAACAUAUUGCUGAAGGACGUGCAGUAGGUUGUCCAGUGACUGGAUGCACAGGUGUUUUCAAUAUCAGAUCUUCAUUUACAUCUCACAUGUCACGGAAACACAGAGAUCUUUCAGAUGGCAGUAUCAGUGACUUAUACAGAGAAUCUGCAUGUCAGUCAUCAGUUGCAACUGCUGCAACAGCUGCAACUGAAUCAGAUAGCUUUAGCCCUCAAGUGAAUGAGGGAGGCACAGAUGAAGGUGAUCUGGAUAUAGCAGACAAUUUCAGUGAGCUUUUUCUCAGAAAUGUCAGUUUGUUUUACAUGAAAUUACAGGGACAGUUUCUGUUACCUGCUUCGACCAUUCAGAAUAUUGUUGAGGAGAUGCAAAACAUUCAUGACUUAGGUCAGACAUAUACCUUGAGUAAACUUAGUUCAUUGCUAAAAAAUGACACACCAUUGUCAGAUGAGGACAUCACCAAAGUUUGUGAGUCUGUCAGAGGUUUCGAUCUGUUUUCUACAUGUCAUACAGGGCCGAUGCGAACAGCAUACUCAAGAACUCAGACUUUCAAAAAAAUGUUCAACUUUGUUGAGCCUAAGAAAUUGUUUUUAGGAAGAGAUGAGAAUCGGAGAGACAGGUUUGCCUAUUAUGUUCCAGUGAGGGAGACUUUGAAAUGUUUGUUAGAGUCUGAUCUAUGGCUGAGUCGUGUAUCAGGAGCACACUCGACUGAGACUUCUGCGGAUGUUCUAAGCGACAUUAGUGAUGGUCAAAUAUUUAAACACAAAGAUUUUUUUAUGCAAAACCCGUCCUGUCUAAAGUUAGUUCUAUACCAGGAUGCCUUUGAAGUUGCUAAUCCUCUAGGCUCUGCAAAGACCAAACAUAAAAUAUUAGCUGUUUAUGUUUCUGUUGCUAAUCUGCCACUUCAUGUACGGUCUGACACAGACCACAUGUCACUCGUUUUAUUGUGCAGAGAGAAAGACUUCAAAGAAUUUGGGCAUGCUAAGGUGUUCUCUGAAUUACUAGGCGACUUGAAGGAAUUGGAAGAGAAUGGGAUAGUGACAUCGCAUAAAACGGUAGUCAGAGGGACCCUGUAUUGCAUUGCUGGCGAUAAUUUGGGCUCGCAUUGCAUUGGUGGUUUUUCGGAAAAUUUCAGUACUUCACAAUAUUUUUGUCGCUACUGUCUCAUAACUCGAUCUGAAUUUCAGGGUGAUGAUCCAAACCUGUGUGGACCAGAGCGCACUGUUGAGAAGUACGAUUCUGCCAUUGAUCGCCUCCAGACUGAAGAUACAUCAGAAGGAUUGAAGUUCAGAAAUGGCUGAUUCAGAUCAAAACAGCAUAAGAAGUUCCAUUUCUAAGGUGUUGCCAGACCUCCCAGACCCAAUUCUGGACCUUGUGGAGGAGACCCUACAGUCAUUGGGGGUUGAGACCACAGAGGAUUUUCACUUUUUACAGGAGGCUGAUCUUGCAUCUGUUCUACGACCAAUACAAGCGAGAAGAUUGGUUGCUGCAUGGAAACUAACCAUUCAGAGCCCUGAAACCCACAGCCAGUCAGCCAUCAGUCCUUCCGUUUCACCUUUCACCUCUCCUACCUCCACUCGCUCCUCACACUCCCCUUGCCCCUCACCCAGCAAUCGGAUUAGAACUGCAGAUUGGGUUGACAGCUUUCAGAUUCCAUGGGCAAAAUUUCCUGAAGACUUGAUGCAGUGCUUGGAGAGAGGGAAAAGGCCAAGUCCACGUUUACGGCGAGAAAUGAUUCGGAUUAUUGUCUCUGCAAUGAUGAAUGCUUGCACAUCUCCAAGUAAACUAGAGUCUACAGAAGUUGCCAAAAGAAUAGUUGCCAAGUAUCCACAGUCCCUGAAAGACGUCAUAGAAGGUGAGGUAGUGGGAGCUGGAUAUCACUCACUUGUCAAACAGCUACAAGCCCGUAUUGACAAUGUGAAGCGGUCCUCAACACCACGGAUAAAGAGGCGCAAACGAGAAUCCGGUGACUCCGACACAGAUGAAAUCCCAGCUGAGCAGAGGGCGGUUGUUCAGGACACAUAUGGCUGCAUUAAGUGGAAUAUGAAGUUCAUGCCAGUCAGUGAGACAUUGGAAAGCCAACAGGAAAAGAGGGAUAAAAUGAAGAUGCUUCAUGAACAGCGUACCUUCAGUCCAGAAGAGGUCAAAGCUCUCAUGGGGUGCACAUACUACUCCCAACGCAAAGCAAUAAAUACAGGAACAGAUCUCCAAAGCCUGACGGAGGAAUGGCCUUUUUUGUUUGAAGAAAUAGGGAUGACCGUCCAUUUCCUAGAGCUCACAGGAUUACAACUUAAAGAGACCUUUCUCAAUAGUGUAGAAAAAAAGGGAAAACGCCUUUUGAACUUCAUGACAACCGCUUGUGCAGACAAGAGCAAACGCGUCUUUGAGACCGCAACAAAGCUGAAAUUUCAGAGAGGACCGUUGGAGGGCAGCUCCGAUGACAUCAAGGAUAUGGUGUUUCUUCUUCUCUCAUACUUCAACGAAAAAGAGGGGAACCUCUUCUACUACAUCGAGGAGACAUGCCUGGCAAACGAAGUACUCGUGGAAAACUUGCCUGUGACACCUUGCAUCAUUGUAUGUGGAACCUCCUGCUAUGCUGCAAGGCUGUUCAUGCUCAGCAUAGACGGCAAGAUCGUGAAUGACCAAAUCUCCAACUUCAUUACUGCCAUCUGCCUGAUGUUUGGAAGCUACUUCUGCCUGAAUAUCCACUAUCCAGUAGACCUGGGUUCCACUCUUGAGCUCCUUCAGAGGUAA